AUGCAUAUCAGCAGAAUUUUCGUCUACCCCAUCAAGUCUGCUCGACCUUAUGAGCCUUCUUCGGCCGAAGUAACCAGACAUGGUUUCACCUAUGAUCGCCGAUUCAUGAUUCUUCAAGUCCAGCCAGAUGGCUCACUCAAGAACAUGCAUAUUGCAGAAUAUACCGAGCUGUCUCUCUUGUUCACCGAGAUCAAGUUUCCUCAGGACCAAGACGCUGCCAAUGCCUCCAUUCAUUUGACUUGGCGACCACCUCAUGGCGACCCGAGAGACGUAGAUGUUCCUCUGAUUCCUGACAUGACCUCUCUAGAGAAGAUCCGCGUGACAAUGCACUCCAGUCCUACAGAUGCAUACAAGAUGGAUGAUCAGUACAACAAAUGGCUGUCUGAAUGUCUAGGUUACGACGUUGUGCUAGCGUAUCUUGGUGAACAUGAGCGUCCAGUACUCAUGUCGACACACCAAAAGAAAAAUCAACCUCAAGCCGGAGGCUGGCUAUCAUCCAUUACCAGCAAAUUACCGACUUCGCUCGGCGCGAUCAUCUCAGGCGAAGACCAAGUGGACGACAAAAUCACCUUUGCAGACUGUGCUCCUUUCCUUGUUGUGAACGAAACCUCUCUUCGAGACGUCAGCAGGCGUCUCCCUGGUGGCGAAGAGAUGGACAUCUCGAAGUUCAGACCAAAUAUCAUCGUCAGCGGAGCCGAAUCCUCAUGGGAAGAAGACUACUGGUCAGAAUUGCAAACGUCCAGCAACGUAAAGUUGCAUUUGGUGCAAAACUGUGUCAGAUGCGUAAGUCUCAACAUCGACUACGCCACUGGUAAGCCUGGCGAAGGCGAGGCUGGCAAGAUUCUCAAGAAAUUGCAAAGCGAUCGACGGGUAGACAAGGGAGCCAAAUACUCACCUGUCUUUGGUCGGUAUGCAUUUUUAGGCAAGGGUGAUGAGGGCAAGUCGUUGUCCAUUGGCGACAAAGUGACAAUCACUCAGCUUAAUGCCGAGAGGACAACUUUAGAUUGGCCAGGUAUUGGUAGUACUCCAGCCCCAGCUUGA